AUUACCGGGACAUGAAUAAAGUUGUUAAAUUUACGGCUAGUCUUUCCAGAUAGCUUUAAAUAUUGGAGCUAAAGAAAACUGUAACAGACUGUAAAGAAUGAUUAACCGGGUACGUCCCCAGCCAGGGUUUCAAAAUGGCGGUGAUUUCCAAAAGGCGGACUUAUUUUAAAACGUAUGAAACUGCUGACUGAUUUUUGAAACUCUGCAAUCUUUGAUUAAACUCCUUCAAUUUACCUGUCAGUGAUGUCUGUUGAUACGAUAACUACUUGUACAACAAUUCAACGUAAUUGUCGUCUGAAAGGAAGGUCUAAACGAAGUAGUAUGAAGAAAGACCCAACCUCAAAAACAGAAUUGACAGAUUUAAAGACACUGCAGAUUAAUGUUGAAGAUAAUCUUGGAUUAGACCAACUGGAAGUCUGCGACAUUCCUCAGGAUAUGCUUUUCCCAGGAGAAUAUAAUGUUUAUCUUCAGGACAGAUUAAAGAGCGUUAUUGAGGAAAAUAAGCAACUGGCUUCUUUACUCAAGGAGAAAGAUGAUGAGGUAAUAUCAAUGCGUGAAAAGUUACAGAACUUGGAACUGUCAGAAAAUGGUUUGCCACUUCACCAUCCCUCCCCGCUUCUUGGCUUGAGCUCAAUACGUCAUGCUGACAUGGCAGCAUGUCGUGUCAUGGAGCUUUCUAAACAGGUGUGUGAGCUAACAGCUCAGUUAGAGGAGCAGAAGUGCAGAUGCUCGCUUGCAGAGAACAAACUUGUGUCUUUUAUUGAGUCCCAAGAAGAAAUAGAACCUGUUUCUCCAGAGAUUCUUACAAGAAAAGAAGCAGAAAUUAAAUCUUUGUCUGAAAAGCUAAGUGCCACCAAUGGCAAACUAUUUGAAUGCCGCAACAAAGUUCAGCAUCUUCAGCAAGAACUUAAAAAUGCCCACAAGGUUCUCUUGUGUGAAGUUGGGGAGGGAAUUUCCAUUUCGGAUCUUAUUUCGGGAGGAGGCAGUACUAGUGGCUGGAGAGGUCGGGCUCAACAAAUCCAUGUAUUGCAGCUGCGAGUGGCAGAGCUCACAGACCGAAUUAAGAAGAGCUCUGACUUCCGCAUAUAUGAUAGCUUAUCCCAUUCAUGUGAUGGGCCAAAGUGCUCAGCAAAAGAACGGAAGGCAUCCUUAGAAAGUGCUCAGCAAGAGGCACGUGCUGUUCAACAGCAACUUAAUGAACACAUUCGUAAGUUGGAUGCUGCUAAGGCUCGUAUUAAAGUGCUGGAAACUGAGAUAAGUUCUUGCAAAUCACGCAUUCAACUGCUUACGGACAAGGGCGUUAGAGAUGAAGAUUUUAUCCACAUUCUUCAGGGGCAAAUUAACCAGCUGGAGGGGAGAUUGCAUCUUUGUAAAGAUGAAACCCGCAUGGAGAUAAAGAAAUCUGAGAAGCACUAUCAGCAACUUUUAGAUGAUCAUAGAUUGGAAAAGCAAAGAAGCAUGCAACUUUUGUCAAGCCUUGAAGAUAAAGAGAAACAAAUUAAACGCUUAGAGGAUAUUUUGUUUGAUCUAAAGGACAAAGAGAUCAAUACAUCAAAAGGAGAAUCAAAGUGUUGUGGGGAAGUUGCAGAAUCUCUGGUGAUGCCUGCUACAGUUGCAUGCCCUACAGAAAUUACUAUAAAAGAAAAUCCCAAAAUGUCAUUGUCAGAAAUUGAAACAAAGAAACUUCUAGAACUAGUAGGUACUGUGAACCGAAGACUAAAUGAUACCCGCCAUGAGUGUGAUAAACACAAAAGUGCCCUGCGCCAUGAGAGACAAAGACUGGCAAGACUAGAAGCAAAAUUAGCCCGCCUUGAAAUGGAUAAAAUGGGUCCCUUUUCUACAAUGAAACGCCAGUUUGGCAAUGGUGCGAAAAAGUCAGCUGCUUUAAUUUCAUUGGAGAGCAGCACAUUGUCCAAAGAGGAAUUAGAAGACAAACUAGAGCUGCUUCAGGAGGAAGUGUUAACUCUGAAAACCCGCCUAUCUUGUUUGGAGCAAGAAAAAGAAGAUGACUUGCGUGCAUUCUCCUCUCUUCUCUAUGGCUCUUCCCAGCAGCGGACUUCUCUGGUGAUGAAUCCAGGUGCCCCUUGUCUACCUCCCAUCGAACCUGGCGGUGGUGGUCCUGGUGCUGGCGCUGGUGCUGGCCGCGGCGCGGGCCCGGCCGCAGGGCGCGCAGGGCGGGGACUACGCCUACGACUCGCCCGUGCCGGACAGCGGCUACUCCACCAUCAACGGCCUGGCCCCGCCGCCCACCGGGGACGCGUACCGCUACGACAAGCCGGCCGGGCCCGCGCUGCCGGAGGACUCGCCGGCGACCACGACAACCACGACGACCACCACGACGACCGCGGCGCCCGAGACGACGCCGGCCGCGGAGGCGUCCAAGUCAGACGAGGCCGCCGACGACAAGGACGCCUACAAGUACGACAAGCCGGGCACUCCGCUCGAGGACAAGCCUGAGGAGGCCGCGACCGAGGCCGCGGC